ACCGAAGGAGAGGCAGCGGAGGAAACCGGGAGGGCUCCCCGACCGCGGAGGGUCCCGCCGCCGGCCCGGGCCCGAGCCUCAUCCCGUCGGGGGCCACCUGAGUGCCUUUUCCACAUCCCAAAAUGGUGAAGCAGGACAUUCAUUCUCUGGCUCAUCAACUCAAGCAGGAACGACUGUACGUAAACUCGGAGAAGCAACUUAUCCAGAGGCUCAAUGCAGAUGUACUCAAGACUGCCGAAAAAUUGUACCGAACAGCAUGGAUUGCCAAGCAACAGCGAAUUAACUUGGACAGGCUUAUCAUAACAAGUGCGGAAGCUUCCCCCGCUGAAUGUUGUCAACAUGCCAAGAUCUUAGAAGACACCCAGUUUGUGGAUGGAUACAAGCAGUUGGGAUUUCAAGAGUCUGCUUAUGGGGAGUUCUUGAACAGGUUGAGGGAAAAUCCACGGCUCAUUGCCUCCUCCCUGGUCGCUGGAGAGAAACUGAAUCAGGAUAGCACUCAGAGUGUUAUCUACACCGUUUUUACCUCCCUCUAUGGCAACUGCAUUAUGCAAGAAGAUGAGAGCUACCUCCUUCAGGUUUUGCGCUACCUGAUUGAAUUUGAACUCAAAGAAAGUGACAACCCUAGGCGGCUUUUGAGAAGAGGCACUUGUGCGUUCAGCAUUUUAUUUAAGCUUUUUUCAGAAGGACUCUUUUCUGCCAAACUCUUUCUCACAGCAACGCUGCAUGAACCAAUCAUGCAACUGCUGGUUGAAGAUGAAGACCACCUAGAAACAGACCCAAACAAGUUAAUCGAGAGGUUUUCGCCCUCCCAACAGGAAAAGCUCUUUGGAGAGAAAGGCUCAGAUAAGUUUAAGCAAAAGGUCCAAGAGAUGGUGGAGUCCAAUGAGUCCAAACUGGUGGCCUUGGUGAACAAGUUUAUCGGUUACCUCAAACAGAACACCUACUGCUUUCCGCAUAGCUUGAGAUGGAUUGUGUCCCAAAUGUACAAAACCCUCUCCUGCGUAGAUAGGCUAGAAGUGGGAGAGGUGAGAGCGAUGUGCACAGACCUCCUCUUGGCCUGUUUCAUAUGCCCAGCAGUUGUCAACCCGGAACAGUAUGGAAUCAUUUCGGAUGCACCAAUAAAUGAGGUGGCCCGAUUUAAUCUGAUGCAGGUUGGUCGCCUUUUGCAGCAGUUGGCAAUGACUGGCUCUGAAGAAGGUGAUCCUCGCAUCAAGGGAAGCCUGGGUAAAUUUGACAAAAGUUGCGUGGCUGCGUUCCUUGAUGUUGUAAUUGGUGGCCGUGCAGUAGAAACUCCACCGAUGUCCUCUGUAAAUCUCCUAGAAGGGUUGAGUAGGACUGUGGUUUAUAUGACCUAUAGCCAACUUAUUACACUGGUCGGCUUUAUGCGAAAUGUAAUGUCAGGGGAUCAACUCAGAGAAGAUAGAAUGGCUCUGGACAAUUUGUUGGCAAACUUACCUCAGACCAAGCCAGGAAAAAGCAGCAGCCUGGAGAUGACUCCUUACGGAACCCCACAGCUCUCUCCUGCGACCGCUCCAGCCAACAAGAAAAAUCGUCUUCCAUUAGCAACUCGAAGCAGAAGCCGAACGAAUAUGUUAAUGGAUCAGUUUAUGGACCAUGAAGGGUCAUUUCAAGAAACUAUCCAGGAAGUGCAGCCUGAAGAAGUAUUGGUCAUUUCUUUGGGGACAGGUCCUCAGCUCACUCCGGGCAUGAUGUCAGAAAAUGAGGUGUUAAACAUGCAACUGGCAGAUGGAAGUCAAGGCGAUGUCCCUGUUGAUGAGACCAAACUCCACGGUAAACCUGAUAAAACCUUGCGCUUUUCCCUCUGCAGUGAUAAUCUGGAAGGAAUAUCUGAAGGGCCAUCAAAUCGCUCCAAUUCUGUGUCCUCUUUGGAUUUGGAAGGAGAGUCUGUAUCAGAACUUGGAGCAGGACCUUCAGGCAGCAAUGGAGUUGAGGCUCUCCAGUUGUUAGAACACGAACAAGCAACAACACAGGAUAACUUGGAUGAUAAACUCCGGAAAUUUGAAAUUCGGGAUAUGAUGGGGCUGACGGAUGAUAGGGACAUAUCAGAAACCGUCAGUGAGACCUGGAGUACAGACGUCCUUGGCAGUGAUUUUGAUCCAAACAUUGAUGAAGACCGAUUGCAAGAAAUUGCAGGUGCAGCCGCAGAGAACAUGUUAGGCAGUUUGCUGUGCCUUCCGGGUUCAGGAUCAGUGCUUCUUGAUCCCUGCACAGGCUCUACCAUAUCAGAAACAACCAGCGAAGCUUGGAGUGUAGAGGUAUUGCCAAGUGAUUCAGAGGCCCCAGACUUAAAGCAGGAAGAAAGACUACAGGAACUGGAGAGCUGCUCUGGUCUGGGCAGUACAUCUGAUGAUACGGAUGUGAGGGAGGCCAGUUCCCGCCCCAGUACGCCAGGCCUCAGUGUGGUGUCGGGCAUCAGCGCAACAUCUGAAGAUAUCCCCAAUAAGACGGAGGACAUCAGAUCCGAGUGCAGCUCUGACUUUGGAGGCAAAGAUUCUGUUACUAGUCCAGAUAUGGACGAAGUGACCCAUGGAGCCCACCAACUGACUUCUCCCCCUUCUCAGACAGACUCUCUUCUUGCGAUGUUUGACCCAUUGGCUCCACAUGAAGCAGCUUCUGCUGUUGUGAGGCCAAAAGUGCACUAUGCCAGACCAUCACAUCCACCACCAGACCCUCCGAUUCUAGAGGGAGCAGUGGGAGGGAAUGAAGCCAGGUUGCCCAGCUUUGGUUCCCACGUCUUAAUGUCAAUGGAUUCUGAGACAUUUAAGCAGAGGCACUCCUACCCUGAGAGGCUAGUCCGCAGCAGGAGCUCAGACAUAGCAUCCUCGGUCAGGAGGCCCAUGAGUGAUCCUAGUUGGAAUCGACGUCCUGGUAAUGAAGAAAGAGAGCUUCCCCCUCCAGCUACCACCAUUGGAGCCUCGUCUUUGGUGACCGCACCUCAUUCGUCAUCCUCCUCUCCAAGCAAAGAUUCCUCCAAAGGAGAGGCUGAAGAAAGAAAAGAUAGUGAUGAUGAGAAAUCUGACAGGAACAGACCUUGGUGGAGAAAGCGUUUUGUUUCCGCCAUGCCUAAAGCUCCAAUACCAUUUAGAAAGAAAGAAAAACAAGAAAAAGACAAAGAUGAUCUGGGGCCUGACAGAUUCUCAACACUUACAGAUGAUCCUAACCCGCGACUCAGUGCACAGGCUCAAAUGGCUGAGGAUAUUCUGGACAAGUAUAGGAAUGCCAUAAAACGAACUAGUCCUAGUGAAGGAGCAGGGGUAAACUAUGAAAAUGCAGAGGCCAUCUGUGAUGGCGAAAGUGUGCACGACUCUCCGCGGGAUGAAGCUCUGCAGAACAUCUCAGCUGAUGAUCUCCCAGAUUCAGCAAGUCAGGUGGCACAGCCACAGGAUUCCGCUUUCUCUUAUAGGGAUGCCAAGAAGAAACUGAGGCUUGCUCUUUGCUCAGCGGAUUCUAUUGCAUUUCCACUGCUGACCCAUUCAACAAGGAAUGGUCUACCAGAUCACACAGAUCCUGAAGACAACGAGAUUGUGUGCUUCCUCAAAGUUCAGAUAGCUGAAGCAAUUAACCUACAGGAUAAGAACCUGAUGGCUCAACUUCAAGAAACAAUGCGUUGUGUGGGACGCUUUGAUAACAGGACAUGUCGAAAACUGCUGGCUUCUAUUGCUGAGGACUACAGGAAAAGGGCUCCGUAUAUCGCUUACUUAACUCGAUGUCGCCAAGGGCUUCAGACGACGCAGGCUCACCUGGAAAGAUUGCUGCAGAGGGUUUUGCGAGAUAAAGAGGUGGCCAACAGAUACUUCACCACAGUCUGUGUGAGGUUAUUGCUGGAAAGCAAAGAGAAGAAGAUUAGAGAAUUCAUUCAAGACUUUCAGAAACUCACAGCAGCGGAUGAUAAAACUGCCCAAGUGGAAGACUUUCUGCAAUUUUUGUAUGGGGCCAUGGCCCAGGAUGUCAUCUGGCAAAAUGCCAGUGAAGAUCAACUUCAGGACGCCCAACUUGCGAUUGAGCGCAGUGUGAUGAAUCGCAUCUUUAAGCUUGCCUUCUACCCUAAUCAAGAUGGGGAUACCCUGCGUGACCAGGUCCUUCACGAACACAUCCAGAGGUUGUCUAAAGUGGUUUCAGCCAAUCACAGAGCACUUCAGAUACCUGAGGUUUAUCUGCGUGAGGCACCGUGGCCGUCUGCACAGUCUGAAAUCCGUACAAUAAGUGCGUACAAAACCCCUAGGGAUAAGGUUCAGUGCAUCCUGAGAAUGUGCUCCACUAUUAUGAACUUGCUGAGCCUAGCCAAUGAAGAUUCUGUUCCUGGAGCAGAUGAUUUUGUCCCUGUCCUGGUGUUUGUUCUGAUAAAGGCUAAUCCACCCUGUCUGCUGUCCACUGUUCAGUACAUCAGUAGCUUCUAUGCUAAUUGCCUGUCUGGAGAAGAAUCAUAUUGGUGGAUGCAGUUCACAGCAGCAGUUGAAUUUAUUAAAACCAUCGAUGAUCGAAAGUGACCUAGACUGGAAUAUAUCGAAGCAGACUAUUAGCAGAUGGCAUCUCUAAAGAAUGUAUACCAGCUAUUUUGGAAGCUGAAUAUUUUCCUUGUAUGAUAUUGUACAGCAUUCUGACAUUUUGAAACAGGUCUUUACUAAACAGAUUAAUAGGUUAACUAUAGCAGGUUUUGCCUUUCUUUCUGGUCUCCCCCCCCUUCUUUUCCUGGGGUGAAUCUUUUGUUCUUUCCCCUCACCCCCCAGUAGAGAUUAGCACUGCAAUAUGGAACCACAUCCUUCAGGAGUUUUGGAAUCUAAAAAACCAUUCAGGAAAAUUAUAGAACUUCUUUCAGGAGUAGUCAUCCUCUUUUAAAAAAAGAACAGGAAACUUCCUAAUGCCUAGCAAACAUAAUGGUAAGAAAACACCAGUUCUCCAGAAGGGUUUGAAACAGUUGUGAUAUUAGUGGCAUUCCCCCUGAAAACAUUUUCCCUAAUUUUAAACGUUGAGAAGGAAAUUUAAAUGUAAAAUACGUAAUUAUAUAGGAUGACCUUCCAGCUAAUGAACACGUAGGUUGCUGUAACGCUCCAUUCAGUGAUUUCCUCUAUUGAAUGUAAUUUGACCUUAAAAAAAAAAAGUAAGUAAAUAUUUAUUGGAAAACAAGAGUUAUGGACCUCUCUGGAAGUAGGGUUUGAAGUGCAGUGCUACAUUUGAUAUAAUGUUUACUUUUUUUUUAUUUUUUAUUUUUUUUUUGGUAAGGUCAUUUAGUGCUUUCUCACCACAGAUUUUUGGACCUGCACAGUUAAGAGCUGGAUGUCAGUAGUCAGGCACUAAAUAUAAAAAGGACUAAUACAUAUCUUUUACCUUCUUGUAAUAUUAUAUUGUGUAUACUGUACAAAUCCCAAACAGAGCUCCUUAUAAACCUUAAAUUGUAAUAUAUGUUUUGAUGAUUAUUCACAUUGAAUGCACAUGCCAGGGGAUUCAGUGAAUGGCGUUUUUUUACUAAGUGUUCUUUUUAUUGUCUGCUCUAGCUGUGCAGUUUUACUAGUCAUAUAAAAAUAUUUUAAAAGACCACACACUUCUUAUAAAAUAUAUAUUUUGGCACCACUUCAGGGUAUUUUGGCAGAUUUUCUGUUACUCUCUUCUCCUCUCCUGUCCUGAAACUGUCAGGAUAAUACAUUUAAAUAGUUUUCUUUCUGUGUAGAUAACUAAUUAGACAGAUGGAUCCUGAUGCCUGGGAAAGUGACUUAGAAGGCAUUGGCAGGCAUCAAGCAAGAGUCUUGUAUAUAAGCUAUCACUGGCUGGUUUCACUUUGUGUAUUUUCCUACACUUUUGAGCGAUGGGUUUCUUUUGUAACCGAGAAGCUAGUCGGACCCUCGACGCUGGCAAUCCCUGCACCGUUUAUCCUGUUGCUGGCAAUUGGGUGAGCCGAAACAGCCAGCCUUGCGUAGGCAGCGAAAGAUGCAUCCUUUCUCAAUGUUGAGGAGCACCUUUAUAUUUUGAAUUAUUAAGGGAAACUGGAUUUUCUUUUCUUUCUCCUUCUUUCCUCCGUUUACUUGAAAAUACCAAAAUAUCAAGUUUAUGUAGAAGCAGUGUGGAGUAGUAUUAAAAAAAACAAAAAGGGAAUGAAUUAAACUGGUACUCCUGAGUCUCUUAACUCUUUAGUUGAAUACCUUUGUACAGUAUUAUAUACUUGAGGGGAUGGGAUUGUUGAACUUGCCUGGUUAAUACAGUUCAGUGAACACCCUUUUCUUCCCCUCUUCCGCAAAAUAAUGUUUCGUGUACACAGAUCAGUACUAUGUUUCCAGUGUGACAGUUAUGGGAAUUCAGAGGUGGAGACUGUGUAGAGAAGGUCUUGGAAGUUUUUUUUGUUUGUUUGUUUCACGUCUUUAAAAAGUUGAUUCUGGGGGUAACAGAACUUGAUUCUGGUAGCAGUAGUUUACCUUCCUGUAGUGUUCACUGCCGUGAUGCUUGAGCCAGGAACAAGAGUACUGCAGUCAGAGCACAACUUCUGCAGCUCCAUGUUCUCUGUUGGGCCAGAGAUGACCGUUGAGCUCGUCAUCUUCCUGAUUUCAGAGCUCGUCAUCUUCCUGAUUGACGGCCUUUGGCAAAAAAAAAGCUCCGCCAUUCAGGAGACAGUUAAAAUAAUCAUUCUAGGAACUCUGUCAAAAGCAAAGAUUUCACUCUUACCCAUCACCCUGUUUUGUUCUGUGUUUGGAUUUGAAAUGUUGAUAUCAGGCAAAAAUUCUCACAGUGGUGGUGUGUGUUUUUUCUUAGUGAAGGGAAACAUUUGAACUUUAAAAUUGUCGUAAAUAUCACACCACGGGGUUACGUUUGGGAGCAGCUCUUCAUUUUGCUUGGGACUCGCAUAAUGCAUUUUCACAUAUUCAUUUACUGCUUCUGAAAGUUGAGUUGAAUAGUAUAGUUCAAAAAGAUUUCAGCCCUUCCCCAUGUAAAAUGAUUUAAAAUCAUUAACUAUUUUUAUUGACCCCAGAGGAUCAAAAGACGCAACCAGAAAUGUUGGUCCUUUCCCAUUUUUUCUUUAAAAGCAUUUUUUAACCUGCUUAAAAAAAUGUGUACAAACACUGUUAAAUAGUUAUAGUAAAAAAAGAAAUUAGGCUUUCCGGAGAGUUUAGAAAACGUGUGUGUGCCGUGUGUCUUUUCAUGAUCUCCUGAAAGCUUUUGUUUCCAGGAAGAUCGUUUUGUAUAUUCUAUUUUCUGGUGCAUAAAAAGCAGGAACAGAAAACGUAGAAAGCCCAUCUAGGAUCAAAGAGCAAAAGAACUGUUUUGCCCCAAAAAUCUCUAGCCACAGCUUAUUAGCUUGGGAGCCGAUGAAAAUGGCCUGUGGAAUACUUGGCGUCUGGGGUUUUUGGUUUCCUUUUCAGAAAUGUUUUUGGGUGGUGGGAUGGGUAAAGAGGCACCAGCCUCCCAGACUAUUAGCACAGUAUGUGUACAGACUCAAGUACGUAGACAUUUUCCCUGUUGUGGCCGGGAUGGGAGUCAGCAGGUUCCCAGAUCCCAAACCAGGAUCCUGGUUCAUUCGUUCUUUCUCCCUAAUGUCUCGUGAGGUUUUCCAGCCCUUGUUCUCUACCUCCUCUCUCUCCCUCCUUCCUCUUUUAAGGAAAGAUCUGUAGUUCCCCUCUCUUCUGUUGUUCUAUUCCAUUGCGAUUAUUCUGCAAAACUCUGAAUGUAACUGCCAUGACUUUGAAAGUGAAAUCUAAAAGAUGCAAGCGCAAUCGUCUUUAACUCAAGGAGUCUUUUAGUGGGCAGGAUGACAGCGGAUGAGGUCCGGAAAAAGUCGAAUGCCAAAAUACCCGAGAACUACUCACCAGGUGAAGAGUGCAAAAUAUAACGUAGGGUGUGAGUAGGCAAAGAAUCAGCAAUAAUUCUCCUGCUUCCGAGAGAGCUGCAUGAAAACAAAUGAGUUUUUUGCCUUAUAUUUUUCAUCUGGUGGUCCAGCUAUUGUGUCUAAUGUGCCUGCAGGCCAACACCGUGGCAGUGGCCGGGAAGUAUCAGGAAAAAGAAGUUAGGUUUAAUGAGAAAAUACUCUUUAUGUGGGGCAGGGGGGCGGGGGGCUAAGAACCGGCAGCAUAGACAAAGUCCAGACUUCUUGAGGAUUCAUUUCUGCCAAGUAAAUAUUGUGUGUUGUGUAUCUUGUGCUUCACCUAUAUUGAAGAGCUUCGUACUGCCUCUCCUCUUUGAAACUGGUAAAGCCUUUAUAUAAAUCUAAAUUAAUGAGCUUGCACAAUCUUGUAUACAGGAAACCCAUCUUGUCUCUAAUGUUGUUUAUUAAUGUAUUAUAUCAUUCUGUAAAGCUGAUUAAAACGGAGAGCAGUUUAACUCACCGGAA